UUCCUGCAUGGACAGACUAAUCACUGAAUGCUCACUUAGACAGAAGAUAAACCAAAACCAAGGAGGAGGUCUGGAAAUAUAAGCUGUACAGGCUGACCACCUUAAAAAAACUGCACUGAAGACUGAAAGGCUGCUUCCAGGAUGUCUGCCUGCACCCAGGAAGAAGAGGAUCUGCCUGCCAACCACACAGGACCAAAAGGUGUAAUCAAUGACUGGCGAAGGUUUAAGCUGGACAGCGUGGACCAAAACGUCCCUCACAGCAAGAAAGAGCUGCUCAGACAGAUGUCAAACCCUCGAGAGGAUGACAAGGAAAGACUCAACAGAAAGAUGAGUGUCCAGGAGUAUGAAAUGAUCCAGGACGAGGAUGAACGCUGCCUGAAGCGCUACAGAAAACAGUGCAUGCAGGAAAUGCACGAGCGCCUGAGCUUCGGACCCCGGUUUGACUCGGUCCACGAGCUCCAGAGUGGAGAAGCCUUCCUGGAAGUGAUAGAGAAGGAGCAUCGGUUGACUCUUGUGGUCGUCCAUAUCUACCAGCAUGGUGUCAAAGGCUGUGAAGAGAUGAACUCAUGUUUGGACUGUCUGGCUUCAGAGUACUCCAGUGUUAAGUUUUGUCGUAUUGAUGCUGUGGCAACAGGUGCUGCUGAACGCUUCUCUGCUGAGGUUCUUCCUGCCCUCCUGGUGUAUAAGGCUGGCGAGUUACUGGGUAAUUUCCUGGCUAUCACCAAACACUUCCAUGAGGAGUUCUUUGCGACGGAUGUGGAGGGAUUUCUCAACGAGUACGGCCUCCUACCCGAGAAGGAGUUCGCAGCGUGUGCUGAUGAUGAAGAUGAUGGAGGGGAUGUAGAGUAG